UGUCUUUCCAGUCCCACCAUCACCAUGUCCAGCUCCAUGUCUGCCAGCUCUGACCUCAGUAAGACCUUGUGGGACAAGUACAUGUGCCUCCCGCAGGGGGACAAGGUGCAGGCCACCUACAUCUGGAUUGAUGGCACCGGAGAAGGCCUGUGCUACAAGACGAGGACCCUGGACUUGGAGCCCAAGGGCAUCGAAGAUGUUCCCGAGUGGAAUUUCGACGGCUCAAGCACCUACCAGGCGGAGGUCUCCAACAGCGACAUGUACCUGAUACCCGUGUGCCUCUUCAGGGACCCUUUCACGCUGGACCCCAACAAGCUGGUGAUGUGCGAGGUGCUCAAGUACAACCGCCAGCCUGCAGAGACCAACCUGCGCAGCAGCUGCCUUGAGGUGAUGGAGCAGGCCGGGCACAGCCACCCUUGGUUUGGCAUGGAGCAGGAAUACUUGCUGUUGGGCAUUGACAAGCACCCCUUUGGUUGGCCCAAGAAUGGCUACCCUGCAACCCAAGGUUCCUAUAGCUGCAGAGUGGGCGCCGACAAAGUCUACGGCCGAGACAUCAUCGAGUGCCACUACAAGGCCUGUCUGUAUGCUGGGGUGAAGAUCGCUGGCACCAAUGCGGAAGCCAUGCCCUCUCAGUGGGAGUUCCAGGUGGGGCCCUGCGAGGGCAUUGCCAUGGGCGAUCACCUGUGGAUGGCGCGCUUCUUGCUGCACCGUGUCUGUGAAGACUUCGGGGUGGUGGCCACGCUUGACCCCAAGCCGAUUGCGGGUAACUGGUAUGGAGCAGGGUGUCACACCAACUUCAGCACGGAGGCCAUGCGUAACAAGGGGGGACUUCAGUAA